AUGGCGUCGCCUGAUGAUCGCGCUCCUCGGGGUCCGCGUCGUUUCUAUCCACCUGCUCGGGUUCGUACUAAAGGCCUCCUCUCGCGGCAUCGACUGCCUACUGCUAGUGCUUCAAUUUCAGUAUUAGCUUCAAGGCAAGGUCCCACAGAUACUCCACGGCGAGGUCGCACGGAUACUGGCUACAAUACUGGCCCCCUCGGUCGCGACCUUCCGACAGUAUUUGGUCCCGUCACACCGACCUUGGGACCUCCACCCUUUUCCAAUACUCGCGUUCCGCAGGUUCAGCAUGCCCCUCUCUCGACCUCUCACGCCUUUGUUGUCGCAAUGCAAGCUCUGUUAGGCCCCAUGAGCGGAGAGCAGCGAGCGGAGGUACUUUUCCAGCUGAUAGACCAGGCUCGCCACAUCGGGGCUGAGAUCAUGGGAGGUCCUGCGUUGGAAGCGUCUCUAAAUCAGACCAACUCUCUUACCAUUGAAGGUUCUCCAGGUCAGCCGCAACACGAUGUGUCUACCCUCGGAAGAUCUGCCAGCCAACAGCAGCGCCUGCGUGACAUCAGUACCCUUCGAGGUUCUCGUGGCCAGUAUCAGGAUGAGUCAACAGUCUUUGAGGCUUCUCCGGGACAUCCAUAUCAUGACAUGGAAGAGGACGAAACGUCAAGUCGGAAAGCGGGCAUAGUAAUACCAUCACUUCCCAAGGGGCUUGUUAUGGCCAAGCCUUCCCUUAUGGGUAUACCAUGGGAAUUGCGACAAAAGAUACUGGCCGAAGUGUUCACUCUGCACGGCCCCGUACGAGGCCGCCGGCGCUUCUUCCAUCAGACCCGUCUCCUACGCGUGGCUUGCGUGAACAGGCAGCUCCGAGAGGAGACCACGACAUUUUAUUAUCAGAACAACACCUUCUUCGUUAGACAAUACAGCAAACUAGUGUGCGAGGAGAAUUGUAUUCGUGCGAACCCCCUCAUAGGCAUGUGGUUGCCUCCUUUACCCUCUCCAACUGCACCUAUCCUACCCUCUCCACCUGACUAUGACCGGAUGAACCACCGGGAGUUAGAGGAUGCCAUUGCGUCACGCGGUAUCCGAGAUCUCCAAUAUCCUAGCCACGGAUUUACCCGGGAAGAGAAGAUUCAGGCUCUGAAAAACCAUGACCGCCGUCAGCAGCUUGAGCUCCGAACAAACCCACCAUGGGACUCGGAGCGUUGGUUGUCUAUCACCAAUCGCGAUCUCAUCACCCACGCGCCUUAUCCUGCCGAUGGCGAGAACACAAUGCUGAUUGAAGAGAAUUUCGUGCACAUUGUCAACGCUAGAGACAACGGAGGCGUCAGGGUCAUUAAUUUGCCGAAACCUUCGAUCCGACCGCUGAUCCGUAAGGUCGCUGUCAGGUUAGUUCCGAAUGAGUACGAGUACAACUUGAGCCCGGUUGUUGGUCAGGCGUACUUUGCACGUAGGAAUGGCUUCACAGGUUUGAGAACACUGCAAGUGGUGCUCGUCGAGGACGGCUUCGGUCAGAUCACCAAGACUCCCGUUGAUGUUGAUCUCGAACAAGAGCAAAUUGGCGUGGAUUUCGUUGUAUCGAAGGGUCUGAGGUCCCUCAUCAUCUCGUUGGACAGGGAGCAGAGCGACUGCGAAGCAAUCCUUCGCCGUUACCUCGAUAUCUGUAGACAACAGGGGCUAGCAUAG